CACUUCCGGGGCAGCGGCACCGGCACCGGAAGUGGCGGCGGUGGCUCAGGCCCUGAGGAGCUGCCAGCCACCAAGUAAAGAUUCCAAGAGACUCACAAUGGCCAACGGGAGCUGGGCCACAGAUCGAGAACAGCUCCUGAGGAGGGUGCAGGACCUGGAGGAGGAGGUGAAGCAGCUGCAGGAGAAGCUGUCAGAGGGCAAAGAGGGCACUGCAGUGAAGGACACCCCUUCAACCUCCAGGAAAUCCAAGCAGCAGCGGCCAUUUGAUUUCAGUGCCCACGGCCGCAGGCACGUGGCACUGAGGAUCGCCUACCUCGGCUGGGGGUACCAAGGCUUUGCCAGCCAGGAGAACACCAGCAACACGAUUGAAGAGAAGCUGUUUGAAGCCCUGAAGAAGACACGGCUGGUAGAUAGUAGACAGACCUCCAACUAUCACCGCUGUGGGCGGACAGACAAAGGAGUCAGUGCCUUUGGACAGGUGAUUUCCCUAGAUCUUCGCUCUAACCUCUCGAAGGAAAAGAAACUAAAUGGCUGCACGGGUGACUCGGAGGGAAAAAGCAGUAAAUCUGAGGAAGAGCUCCGCUACACCCACAUUCUGAACAGGGUGCUCCCACCUGACAUCCGUGUGCUGGCCUGGGCCCCCGUGGAGCCAGACUUCAGUGCCCGGUUCAGCUGUCUCAAGAGGACCUACCGCUACUUCUUCCCCUGUGCAGACCUGGACGUGGCCCUCAUGCAGGCUGCAGCCCAGCGCUACGUGGGGACGCACGACUUCCGGAACCUCUGCAAAAUGGACGUGGCCAAUGGCGUCAUCAACUUCCAGAGAACAAUUCUCAGCGCCCAGGUAACGUGGGUGGAUGGGGGAGCUGAAGGUGGCCUGCGGGACCCUUUCCGACUGUGCCAGUUCGAGGUGACGGGACAGGCAUUCCUCUACCACCAAGUGCGCUGCAUGAUGGCCAUCCUCUUCCUGAUCGGACAAAGGAUGGAGGGCCCAGAGAUCAUCGAUGAGCUGCUGGACGUGGAGAAGAACCCUCGAAAACCACAGUACAGUAUGGCUGUGGAGUUUCCCCUGGUCCUGUAUGACUGUGAGUUUGAGAACAUCCAGUGGCAUUAUGACCAGGAAGUGCAGGAGUUCAACAUUACCCACCUGCAGCAGCUCUGGGCCAGCUACGCCGUCAAGACUCAAGUGCUGCACGACAUGUUACGAGGUCUGGACGCUGCUCCGGUGGCUGCAGGGAAAGACCCAGGGAACGCCGCCCCUGUGCUCUGGGGAGACCUGAAGCCUCCGGUGCACAACCAGGCCAGCAGCUUCGUGGAAGGCGUCCGUGCCCGGGCCUACAAACCGCUGCUGGAGCGGCCGCGGUGCGAGGGGCUGGAGUCCCGCAUCCAGCAGUGCCUGCGCAGGGGCCGCGGCCAGGCCGAGCGGGCGGCCAAACGGCUGCGCACGGGGCUGGCGGAGCGGCUGCGGGCGAAGCGGAGCGAGGAGAAGAAGAAGAAGGAGGAGGAGCAGCGAGAGGUGGCCGUGGAGCCGGCGCGGAGGCGGGCCCGGCAGCUGGCCGCGCUGCAGCGGGUGCACCACAACGUGCUGGCCAAGGCGCUCCGGCAGCGAAUCGUGUACCAGAACGAGGAGCUGGUGGUGCUCAACAAGCCCUACGGGCUGCCUGUGCACGGUGGCCCUGGGGUCAAGAACUGUAUUGCUGAUGUGCUGCCAAUUUUGGCCAAGAUGCUGAUGAACAUGAAAGCUGAACCACUGCACCUGUGUCAUCGGCUGGACAAGGAGACAACGGGUUUGAUGGUGUUGGCACGGAGCAGGGAGGUAGCAGACAGGAUCCGGCUCCUCUUCAAAACUCGCCAGGUGGAAAAGAUAUAUUGGGCAAUUAGUGUGGGGAGCCCAGACCCUGCUGAGGGCAUCGUGGAAAUCCCCAUGGUGGAGAGGGAGGUGCAGAGCCACCAACCUCAUUACAAGAUGACUCUGGCCCCAAACUACCGCAUGUCUCCUGAGGAUGGAAAGGUGCUGAAAAUCCGCAAGAACCGCAAUGCUGAAAACGCUGUGACGCGGUAUCGCGUUCUGGCUACCUCGUCUGCCUGCUCUCUGCUGGAGCUCCAGCCCAUCACAGGAGUGAAGCACCAGCUCCGGGUUCACCUGGCCUAUGGAUUGGGGUGCCCCAUCCUGGGGGAUCAUAAAUACUCACACUGGAGCAAGCUGGCACCUCAGAAGCUUCCUGAAAUAACUCUGAAGAGGUUGAAACUGCAGCAGAGCAAGUCUCGCCACCUCCCCCUGCAUCUCCAUGCUUACCGCCUCUCCCUGCCUCUGGGCACCGGUGGGAGCAAGCAGACAGACCUUGUAUGUGAGCCACCCAGCUUCUUCCACAGGACGCUGAGGCAGCUGGAGCUGGACAUUGCUAAGGAAUAGGACGAGGCUUGUCAGCAGGACUGAUCCUUUGCGUCUCCAUACUUCUGGCACAUGAUAGUGCAGGAUCCAGCUGUGCUGCACUGGUGUUUCACUCACAGCAAGUGGUGUAAUGAGGUUUGUGUUCUGCUACUUGGGAGACACCUUGCCUUCUGGGUAAUGGAGUUGCUGGCUUAACCUCUGUGCACUUCUUGUCCACAGUCCAUACCUGAUAUGGAGCAGAAAACGUGGUGGGUGCACUCUUGUUUAUAGUGAUGAGGCUGGGUUGAAACUGGGCACUGACCAUUCUGUGCUCUGAACUUGUCCCUGUCCAAUAAAGAACCCAGCUUCUGCAAAGGUGAA